AACAUAGCACAUUUGUUAAGCCUUUUUCUCUUAGUUCUCUCAUCUUUUUCGAGUUACGUUUAACAAUGGCGGAUAUCAGUCCAUUGCUUCCGGUUUCCAGCUCCGAUGGAUCAUCCGAUCUGACGGGUCAGGCUACCUGCCGGAGACCCAUCAAAGUGGUGGUUUCGAUAUUUUUCGGGUUGUUAACGGUUGGCUUGUUUGCUGCAUUGUUGAUUAGAAACAAUGGGUCAGUUGAUUAUGUUGACGUGCAUGAAAAUGAACGUGGUUCAUUGGCUUCGAUGGCCUUCGAGAAGGCUGAGAAUUUAAAGCCGGUUUCACGUGGCCUGGCUGCCGGGGUAUCGGAGAAAUCAAACUGGGUUUUUGGCGGCGAUUUACCGGACUAUCCAUGGAACAAUAGCAUGUUAUCAUGGCAAAGAACAGCUUUUCACUUUCAACCUGAAAAGAAUUGGAUGAAUGAUCCUAAUGGUCCAUUAUUCUACAAGGGGUGGUAUCAUUUGUUCUAUCAGUACAACCCAAACGCUGCCGUUUGGGGCCACAUAGUUUGGGGCCAUGCUGUAUCCAAAGAUUUGAUCCAUUGGCUUCACCUCCCAUUAGCAAUGGCUGCCGAUCAGUGGUACGACAAAAAUGGUGUCUGGACAGGUUCUGCAACCAUCCUUCAUGAUGGUAAAAUUGUUAUGCUUUAUACAGGGUCCACCACCGAGGGUGUUCAAGUUCAAAACCUAGCUUAUCCAGCCGACCAAUACGAUCCGCUCCUCGUCCAUUGGGUCAAGUACCCUCGGAACCCGGUUCUGGUCCCACCACCGGGCAUCGGUCCCAAUGAUUUCCGCGAUCCGACCACCGCCUGGUUAACCUCCGAAGGCAAAUGGAGGAUUACCAUAGGGUCCAAGAUCAAUAAAACUGGCAUAGCUUUGGUGUAUGAUACUAAGGACUUCAUAAACUACGAGAUGUUAGAUGGGUUACUUCAUGCUGUGCCUGGCACUGGCAUGUGGGAAUGUGUGGAUUUCUUCCCUGUUUCGGAAACCGAAAACAAUGGCUUGGAGACGUCCAUUAAUGGACCUGGAGUUAAGCAUGUGGUGAAAGCAAGUCUGGAUGAUGACAGACAUGAUUACUAUGCCAUUGGGACUUACAAUGAUCGCAAUGGUACAUGGAUUCCAGACCGUCCCAACAUCGAUGUCGGUAUCGGAUUAAGGUACGAUUAUGGGAUAUACUAUGCUGCCAAGACUUUCUAUGAUCAAAACAAGAAGAGAAGAGUGUUGUGGGGUUGGAUUGGCGAAUCCGAUAGUGAGGCAGCAGAUGUGAAAAAAGGAUGGGCAUCUGUUCAGAGCAUUCCGAGGACGAUUUUGUUCGAUAAGAAGACCGGAACUCAUCUGCUUCAAUGGCCAGUGGAAGAAAUAGAUAGUUUAAGGUUGAAAGGCAAAGAAUUUAACCAAGUGAGAAUCCAGGCAGGAUCUGUCGUUCCUCUAGAUAUUGAUUCAGCAACACAGUUGGAUAUCAUAGCUGAGUUCAAGAUCGAUAGCGAUGCUUUGGAGAAAGCAACCGGGUCGUCCGAUGCAUCGUUUGACUGCGCGACCAGCGGUGGAGCUGCCGAGCGUGGUGCAUUGGGACCAUUUGGUCUGUUGGUGCUUGCAGACGAGAGGCUGAGGGAGCAGACUCCUGUGUAUUUCUACAUGACAAAAGGAUCCGAUGGCAAUCUGAAGACAUUCUUUUGCAACGAUCAAUCUCGAUCAUCUAAAGCAUCCGAUGUUGAUAAACACAUAUAUGGGAGCUUGGUUCCUGUUCUGAGAGGCGAAAAUUUAUCCAUCAGAAUAUUGGUGGAUCAUUCGAUAAUCGAAAGCUUUGGACAAGGAGGAAGAACAGUGAUUACAUCAAGGGUUUAUCCGACAAAAGUGAUAUAUGGAGCAGCUAAAGUGUUUUUAUUCAACAAUGCAACGGAACUCAAUGUAACUGCUUCACUUAAGAUAUGGCAGAUGAACUCUGCAUUUAUUCAGCCAUAUCCAAAUUUAUGAACAUUUCCAAUACUCCCAAGAGAGAGAGAGAGAGAGAGAAAAGCCAAUUUAUGCAAACAUCCUCGGCCACUGUCUCAAAGCUUAAUCAGCAGCCAUGUUUGGUUGCCAUUUUAGCACCCUUAGCCUAGCUUAACCUUUCUUUCCCGCCUGUAAAAUAUUUUUAUUCUUAUAAUAGAUUCCGUUAGUUGCUUUUCAUGUUCUUCAA